CUACUGUACUUUAAUGUGAGUGAAAUCAUUUUUAUGGUAAUAAACUUUUUUGUAGUGUUUUGUUAGUCUCCUGGAGAGGCAGCUGGGUCGACCCACAAUGAAAGCCACAGAGUUCAAGCCCCCUCAGCAGAGAGCUGUCAGAGUGACGAGGAAAAGCAACGAGGGUGCCACCUCUGGCGAAACAACAGAACUGCAUCCUACAACGUGCAAGCAUGCUGCAGAUACUAAAGUAAACUUUGACUUCCAAUUUGGUUCACUCUUAGAAAAGUCUGAUGAACCUCAGUUAGAAUUUGCCCCUUUACACUGUAAAGAAUCAGCCAAAGAAGAAGCUCUUGGUGCACAUGAGCAAGAAACUGACACAGGCCUGGUUGAAAUCCUGCCAGCUAUGAAACAACCCACUGAGGUUACCGUGGAAACCGUAGAACUUAGCAAUGACAUCAAAAGCAAGCCCCAAGACAGAUCAACUUUGGAAUGUGACACCACCAAACAAUCCAGGGGUGCAGGGUUGGAAGAGGAGUUUGAGACCAAGGCAUCUGGUCCUGAACCUCAAACACUGCAAAACCCUCCUUGCAGUGCACAUCUCUUGAAUGAUCCCCAAGACAACAUGUUUUGUGGAAAUGCUGAAAAGAACAACAUUGAAGAGCAGGUUCCAAAGUCAAGUGAUCACACUAAAGGUGUUGUAGGUGUGACAGUAGACACCCUAGAUGAAAAAAUCUGCUUUGAUGAUGAGACAAAGUCCCAGAUUACAGGUGAAACAACAUCUGUGGAGCCUCCAGUAACAAAAAGAUUCAGAAAGAGGAUGGGUAUGUGUGGUCUAGGAGACAGGAAGAGGAGGCUCCUGUUUGAAGGACAUUCCUGCUGGAAGGCAGGAGAGAGGGAGGAGGGUGUUGGAGCAGUAGAUGGAGAAAACAUAGAUGUACUGAAGAAUGACACUGUUGAAGAGAACAAUAUCUCUGCACUGAUGGAUGAAGAAGCAACUGCAGAACAAGUACUUUUAAAGCAAGACCCCAGCUUUUUGGAGGACAUAUUUGAGGGGGAGGGGAGAACACCAUUAACUGGACAGGACCUAUAUCAAGUCCAAGAUCAACCAUCGGUAUCUGCCAUGACUAAUGACCAUGAAAUUGAAACCUCUGCCAGUGACAAUGAACCUAAUCUCCCAAGGACUGGGACAAACAGUGGUGGUUGGGCUAUGGAGCUCAGUAAGAAACAUCAAGCUCUGUAUGAGGAAGAAAAACAUCUGUCUGAUUAUGAAGUGACUGAAGGUUCUGGUGAAGUUGUUAAGGAAAUGGAUGAGAGCCCAAACGAAUCAGCUAAGGAACUGAGCUAUGUCUCUGUUGGUGUUACCAAGGAAAUGUUGGAAGGUUCUGUUAAAGUCACUCAGGAGGGUCAAGAAGUUCUAAUUGGUUUGGAAGAGAGUAAAAUGGAGAUUGGACAGCAUUGUCCACCAGUUGAUGUUACCCAUAGCAUUUCCCCCUCCCUUAACCAGGCUACCACUGACAAGCCAGAUCUAAAUGGACCUCAGAUUAGCAUGCCCACCGAGGACGAAAUGGAACUAGAAUUUAUGGAACACAUAGUUACUCUGACUGUGUUUCCAGAGAUGAGUGAUGCAGGAGGUCGAUGUGAGCAUACGGAGUCACCCACAACAGCUAUACCAGAGAACACAGGGCACACAGGGGUAGAUACGAGCAGCCCUGAUGAACUCGGUGGGCCUGCAGCACCACCUGCUGACCAGGAGAAACACAUGCAUUGCCUUCUAGGCCAAGACACUUGUGACCCUUCGUUGAUCUCUGAUGUUGCCAAGCAACUGGUGUACAACCUCACCAUGACCUCUACUGAGCUACCUCAGGAGCUUGACUCUUCAGCUCCCUUAUUGAGUUGCUCUGUGGAUGACUCCCAGCUCAACAUUUUCGCAUUACACAUGGAGCAGAAGAACCAAACUAUGCCAGAAGGUUCUGAAUACCAGGAUGAUGCCACAGAGCUUGUCUGUGGUCUUAUCAAAGAACUCUCGUCUUUGAAUCGUACAGUGAUGGCUGCACACAAAGAGAUGGAACUAUUGCGCCGUAGCAACAGACCUCCGAAGCCUCCUGGCCGUCGCUGUUAUGGGCCUCGCCAUUCUGAGAUGUAGCCAUCACAUCAACAGUGUGUGACUCUGUCCUUGUGACAGAGGCUUGCUGGGCAAUGUAGUUUCCUUGGAAACUGCAGUAAAAUAAGUUAUUAAUAUAACAUUAAUAUUGAUAAUUUGCUGGCAGGAUUGUUAAUGGUGAUUUUCCUUUGGGAUUGUAUUCUCCUUAUAGUUAAGGACUAUAGAGCAUAUGUUCAGAUAGUUUAACAGAACCUUUUAGCUCAUGGUUCAGUACGAAGGUCGGGUUGAGACCUUGUUAGUACUGUUGAAGUUUAGAAUAGUUGCCUGUCCCCCUCAGUGAAUUUUCACUUCGUGUUCUUUUGGCCUGGGGCAGCUUUUAUUUUAUUGCAAAUAAAGCCUCUCGUACGUCACAAAGUUAAAUUUUAAAGUGUUACUUUUCAAUCUAUGACUUCUACAACUUAAAACAAGCCAAGGACUGAAAAAUGAAGCGUGUGUACAUUUGCUUUUGAUUUGUAAACAUUAAAAUGG